AUGACAGCAGAAAAAGACGACGAAACUCAGUAUCCAGGUCCCGCUGCCGUUGCCCUGCUCAUGCUCGCCAUAUCCCUGGCCAUGUUCUUGGUUUCGCUGGACCGAACGAUCGUGGCUACUGCAGUACCAAGAAUCACCGACCAAUUCAAGUCCUUCGGCGAUAUCGGAUGGUACGCCAGCGCAUACGCCUUGACAGGUUGCGCGAUGCAGCUUCCCCUUAGCCGCUUCUAUAGCUUCUACACCCCUAAAUGGGUCUUCUUCUCGCUGGUAUUACUCUUCGAAAUUGGCUCUGCGAUCUGUGCGGGAGCCUUCAAUUCAAAGACCAUAAUCAUUGGCCGCGCCAUUCAGGGAAUUGGAUGUGCUGGUGUCUUCUCGGGCUCCAUGAUCCUUCUCGUCGACAACGUCCCUUUGAGGCGGCGCCCGAUGUUCAUGGGGAUGCUGAUGGCAAUCAUGAGCAUAUCUGCUAUCAUUGGCCCUCUGAUCGGAGGUGCGCUAACAAGUAACGCAAGCUGGCGGUGGUGCUUCAUCAUUAACAUACCAAUUGGAAUGGUCACUAUUGUCAUCUUCCUGCUCCUUGUCAAGGCAACUCCAGGGAAAGAGGCAUCAAAGAAGAGCCCACUGGAGCAUUUGAAGAUGCUCGAUCCAAUUGGCGCAGGCUUGUUGAUCCCAGCCGUCACCUGCCUGGUCCUUGCACUCCAGUGGGGUGGCUCCCAAUAUGCUUGGAGUAGCUGGCGAAUCAUCCUCCUGUUGGUUCUUAGCGGAUUGCUAGGCAUCGCGUUCAUAACAUCUCAGAAGUUCAAUCCAGAAAUUGCGACAAUCUCGCCGCGGGUCGUCACACAGCGCACCGUAGCAUCGAGCUUCUACUAUUCGACCUGCACCGGCGGAGCCAUGAUGACAGUAGUAUACUGGAUCCCGAUUUGGUUUCAAGCGAUUAAGAGCGCUACUCCUAUUAAGUCUGGAGAGAUGACAAUCCCACUGCUUGUGUCGCAGUCCCUUGGAUCCAUCUUCGGCGGUAUUCUUGUCUCUCAGGUCAUAGGAUACGCGUCGCCAUUUAUGAUACUCAGUUCAAUCAUGAUGGCAGUUGGCGCAGGCCUGCUCUCCACUCUUAGCAUUACGUCCGGGUCUGGAGAAUGGAUUGGAUAUCAGGUCCUCUUCGGGUUCGGUUUGGGGUUCGGGAUGCAACAGCCAUCGACGGCGGUUCAAGCAGUUCUCAAAAAAGAAGAUAUACCGUUAGCCAUCUCGUUGAUCUUCUUCGGCAUGCAGCUUGGUGGUUCAAUUUGUGUCUGUAUCGGCCAGAACGUCUUGAAUCAGGAGCUUAUUAGAGCAUUGAAGGAGGCGCGAAUUCCUGGCUUGGAUCCCAUGGAAGUAUUGCACACGGGGGCGACCGAGUUGAAAAACUUAGUUGCUACUACUGCAGGAAGAACACAGUUACUGCUAGCAUAUAAUCACUCUCUAACGAGUGUCUUCUAUGUCGCCUCGGCGGUCGGUGCCGUAUCCAUUAUUGGUGCCGUCCUCGUGGAGUGGAAGAGCGUUAAAGGGUUGAAGCCGGCUCAUUGA